AUCAUCGUGAUAAGUGCGUUUCACAUUUUCAUCGUUUCCGGGCACUCUUUAUCUCCUUCCACCCCCGAUUGUCGUGGAGGUUUUGCACAAUAGUCGAAGUAAUAAUCGGAAUAACAAGAUGUCGUGGCAAACUUAUGUCGAUGAUCACUUGAUGUGCGAGAUCGAAUGCAACCACCUCACCGCCGCCGCCAUUAUCGGCCUCGACGGUAGCAUCUGGGCUCAGUCCUCCAACUUCCCUCAGGUCAAGCCAGAGGAAGUUACAUGUAUCAUAAAUGACUUCAAUGAACCUGGAUCACUUGCUCCUACUGGUUUAUACCUUGGUGGGACCAAAUAUAUGGUGAUUCAAGGCGAAGCAGGAUCUGUUAUUCGAGGGAAAAAGGGAUCAGGAGGCGUUACAAUUAAGAAGACGGGAAUGGCUUUGAUCAUUGGCUUAUAUAAUGAACCAAUGACACCAGGUCAGUGCAACAUCAUUGUUGAAAGGCUUGGCGAUUAUCUCAUCGAUCAAGGCUUUUAAUUUGCUUUUUUGUUCUUCAAAUUCUUUUUUAUCUUUUCCCUUCAUUUGUGUGGUUUUUGGUAAAUUUAUUUCUUUGAAUAUUGUUUGGGAAUGGUGAUACUUUGUGAAUUCGUUUGUGUACAAUUUGUUGUUCACUUGUAUAUCGUUUGAUUCUUAUUGACUA